GAAGCAAGCAAAACAUCAGUCAGGUAACGCCGUCGUUGCCGCCAGUGUCUUCUCCUCCGGCGAGCAUCUCCGUCCUCUCUAUCUACAAAAUAACAGCACCCAAAGCUUUCCCUUCAUCUCUUCUCCCUCCUUCGACACCACCAGCCCACUCUUUUCACCCCACUCUUAUACCUCCUCUUUACUGCCGAAGACACUAACUGCCGCCCCACCACCACCGUAGCAACCAUUUCUGUAAAGGUGCAAAAUUUACAUCCAGUGCUCUGUAGUGUAUACGCCUUUAUGGAAAUCGGGUCGUGUAUUAGAGUUCAGAAUGGCAGCUGUCUGACAUCAAACUUGACUCGUGCAAGUUGCCUCUUUGAACAAUCUGUUCCUACUCAAAACUGUGCUUCGAGUGCUUCGUCUCAUGUGUCCUUUUCUCGUAAAUGUUGCACUGUUAAAGCAACUUUGAAGGAAGCCAGUAGUAACAUCAAAACUGUCGGAAAGGCCAGAUUGAAAUCUUCUGAGAUGGAGCUCUCCAGUUUAACAGCCAUAAGUCCUUUGGAUGGACGUUAUCGGGAUAAGGUCAAGGAUUUAUCCCCGUAUUUGAGUGAAUAUGGCCUGAUCUACUAUCGAACCCUGGUUGAGAUCAAGUGGCUGCUAAAGCUUUCUCAAAUUCCUGAAGUAUCCGAGGUUCCCAGUUUCAGCACUGAAGCUCAAAUAAAAUUGCAAGGAUUGAUUGAUGGAUUUAGUGAAGCUGAUGCAAAACAAGUGAAGAGCAUCGAGAAAAUAACUAAUCACGAUGUGAAAGCAGUGGAGUAUUUUCUCAAAACAAAAUGUCAGGAAGAUCCCGAGAUAGCUAAGGUACUUGAAUUUUUUCAUUUUGGCUGUACCUCUGAAGACAUAAACAACCUUGCUCAUGGACUGAUGCUGAAAGGUGCAAUUACGUCGGUCAUUCUUCCGGUCAUGGAUGAUUUAAUUAAUGCAAUAUAUACUAUGGCCAAGGCUAAUGCAUACAUUCCUAUGCUUUCUCGGACUCAUGGACAGCCAGCUUCACCUACAACCUUGGGAAAGGAAAUGGUAAUAUUCGCUGAGAGGUUGAGCAGAGAGAGGCGAGAUAUUUCACAAGUAGAGAUAUUGGGGAAGUUUGCAGGCGCAGUUGGUAAUUAUAAUGCACAUGCUGUGGCAUAUCCCGAUGUUAAUUGGCCAUAUGUUGCAGAGCAAUUCGUAAACUCUCUUGGAUUGAGCUUUAAUCCACAUGUUACCCAGAUUGAAUCUCAUGACUACAUGGCUAAACUUUUCCAUUCAUUCAUCCGUUUCAAUAACAUUUUACUUGAUUUUGAUAAAGACAUAUGGGGCUAUAUCUCCGUGGGCUACUUUAAGCAGGUAACUAAGGCUGGUGAAAUUGGGUCAUCAACAAUGCCGCACAAAGUGAAUCCAAUUGACUUUGAAAAUAGUGAAGGCAAUCUUGGGAUAGCUAAUGCAUUGUUAGACCAUUUAAGCAUGAAGCUGCCUAUUUCACGUUGGCAGCGUGACUUGACUGAUUCUACGGUUCUGAGAAACUUUGGUUUGUGCCUGGGCCCUUCUCUUCUGGCUUACAAGAGUGCAUUGGUAGGAAUUGGGAAGCUUCAGGUCAAUGAAGCUGCCUUAAACAAAGACCUGGACAACUCGUGGGAGGUUCUUGCUGAACCAAUACAAACAGUGAUGAGAAGAUAUGGUGUUGAGGAACCUUACGAGAAACUGAAGGAACUUACCAGGGGAAGGACAGUUAACAAAGAUAGCAUUACUGAAUUCAUUAAUGGGUUAGACAUACCAGUGGAAGGGAAGACAGGACUCCUAAAGUUAACCCCCCACAACUAUGUUGGAGUUGCUGCUCAGCUGGUGGAGGAUGCUUGUAACAGGGUUAAUAGGUCCAUUUAAGGUCACAAGUAUUUCUAAAGUGGUACUCCACAUGAGAUGGUUCCAGUACCAAAUUUCUUCUCCUUUUAGGCACAUGUUAAGAUAUGUGCAUCUUUUUUGCUGCAAAGGCUGCUAUUAAUGAACUUUUGUCCUAUGUUUUCGAGUUAUAUUUGUGAAGAAAGGAGAAGGUGUUUUCGAGUUAUAUUUGUGAAGAAAGAAGAGAAGAGAAGAGAAGAGAAGAGAAGAGAAAUGAAUAGAAGAGAAGGAAUGUAUUUUCUUUCCUUUCAAAUCAUCCUAAAAGUGAGGAAAUGUUUUUAAACAAAAUCAACUAUAUCAUCCUUCUAUUUCUUUUUAUAUUGGAUCGGAUUGUAUGUCUUAUGUAUUUGCUAGUUUCCUGCCAGCAUCUUCCUUAUAUUUAUCUAUACUAUAUUAUAAAGCA